CUAUUUCUACACCAUUUUCAAUUUCAGGAGCUGAGCGCCAGAUGGUUUCUACACCGUUGAUGGUGUUCGGCGAACGGUUCAGAUCUAAUUGGAGCUGUGCUCCUGGAUCUUCGAAGAUAGAAGCGCGAUCACUACUUCUGCACCAUUUUCAAUUUCAGCACACACACUCUCUCUCUCCUCUUUCUCUCUCGUCUUUUCAGCUCUGUGUUUGUGAGUGAGCGAGUUUUUCUCUCUCUACUCUCUUUCUCUCUCUACAUGGAAGUUGCUGUGCAAUAGCGAUAAAAAAAGCAUCAGUGACGCCACUGUUCCCCUCACACAUUUCAACGCAGUCCUCAGAGGGAACCAUUUGCAGCAGCAGCAGCAGCAGCGAUGGGGAAAUGUAUGAGGAAAGAUAAAGUCACAGGCGACGUGGCGCUCAUGUCACCGUCACCGCCACCGUCCGCCAUCGGCGUCCGUACACGCGCCAAAACCCUAGCGCUCCAGCGAUUGCACGCGCCUCCGUCCUCAACGCCGCCGGACUCCUGUUACCUGGAGCUCCGUUCUCGCCGCCUCGUCAAGUCCCCGCCGCCGCCUCCGCCGACGCAGACGCAGAAUUCGCGAAAAGCUCGACAGACCUGCGUCUGCAGGGGAAAACAAAAUCGAAAUACAGAAACCAGCAAGUAUGGUGAGUCUGCCAAAAUUGCUUCGAUUCCUGCCGCAGCUGAUGACGUUGAGGCUUGUUUCGAGGAAACCGCCAUGGAAUGCGAAGCUCGCGAGAGGGGCCGGGGCCGCCGUCGUCGUGAAAAUGUGCCGUGCAGCGUAAUCAGGGGUACGGCGAGGGCCGGAUCCAAUGCGGGUGUUGUCCCAACCCCGCCCGAGCUGGAGGAAAUGUUCGAGCGCGAGGAGCGAAUUCAGCAACACCAUUUUAUAGAGAAAUACAAUUUCGACAUCGUCAGCGACUCGCCCCUCCCCGGCCGGUACGAGUGGGUGACUAUGGUAAGGCCCUGAAUCGAAUUGAGCUGAACCGAAUUUGCCCGAUUGGAAUGGAUUGGAUUGAAGAUGGUUUUGUGUAGAAAAUUUGAUGGACGGUGGGGAUGGAUUGUAGUUUCGUUUAGAGACUAACCUUAUACGAGCAGUGUUGCAUGAAUACUACUACUAGGUUUUGUAUGUAUGUGUGUGUAUGUAAUUUGUUGGCAGCAAUUCAUUAGCUAUUUAUUAUUUAAAAUAUUAAAAUUUAAUAGAUUAU